UUUCCGAACCAAGUGUAGCAAAAUAGCCCGUACUUUGUUUACGUCCCGUUGGUUAGCUGACAGCUGCUGUAGCACUUUGCCCACACAAACAACCGUGUCUGCAUGUCUCUGGCGGCUGCCUGGAGCUUCGAUAACUUUAAACAGAGUGUCCUGGAUGUGUUGGAUGGGGUGUUUUGUUGAAUGAGGGGGAGCUGCUAGAUGCCGACAGGAGGAUGAACUCCAUCACCGGUCGGGUUCUUGCCAUCCCCGCCGCCUCUGUCACCAACUCUGGAGCUUCAUCCUCUCGAGCCUUACAUGUAGAGCUCACAUCCCAGCAGAGACGAUUGCGUCACCUCCGGAGCAUCGCAGCCAGAAACAUUGUCAACAAGAAUGGUUCCCCACUGCUGGACACUUACUUCACCCUCCACCUCUGUAUAGGAGACCGCAUAUCUCGAGAUUUUUACAAGAGUGAAAUCAUACGAGACUCACUGAAUCCAACUUGGCGGAGCCUGGACUUUGGCAUGCUGCCAGACCUUCUGGACACCUCAGUGUCUUGCUUCGUGGUGAGGAUCUGGGGAGGGCAGGAGGAACAGUACCAGCUCCUCAUAGAAUGGAAGGUCAAUCUGGAUGGCCUCCGAUACACAGGACAACAGAUUCGAUCCAGGAAUCCAAAUGAGAUCAUAUUUGGAUUGAAUGAUGGCUACUAUGCAGCUGACUUUGAUCAUAAGGAUCUGUCGGAGCGGAAGAAAAACAGCCUGCUUCAGGUUGACCAGAGUUCAGUCAGGAACUCCUACAGUGUUUUCUCUUUGCUCAGGCUUCACACAGCCCAGAGAGCCAUCAAGCAGACCCAGGUGACAGUGCAGAAGAUUGGGAAGGAGAUCGAGGAAAAGCUGAGGACGACGGCAACCUGCACAGAGCGGAAGAAGGAGCGCGAGUGCAUGCAGCUGCGUAUAGCCGUGCUGCGUAGUGAACUUCAGCGGCAGAGGAAGGCGCUCGGCAGGGAGAUAGACCUGCGGCAGAAGGAGACGGUACAACUUCAGAAGAAAGAGGAAGCGUUCUCCGCUCAGCACGAGAGUCUGAAGGAGGAGAAAGAUUCCUUAACCAAGCUGCAGAAGGAAUGCACUGCCAAGAGAGAGCAGUUCCUCAAGUCCAACGCCCAGCUCACCUUCCGCUGUCGUCAGCUCCUCUCUGAGCUUUCCUACAUCUACCCCAUUGAUGUGGCCAAUCAGUCAGAUUAUGUCAUCUGCGGAGUGAAGCUGCCAAACUCUGAAGACUUUCAAGCAAAGGAUGACGGGAGCGUGGCAGUCGCACUGGGUUACACAUCGCACCUGGUCCUGAUGAUCUCGUGCUUCCUGCAGGUCCCUCUUAGGUAUCCGGUGAUCCACAAGGGUUCACGCUCCUCCAUCAAGGACACCAUCACUGACAGACUCACUGAGAAGGAGAGAGAAUUCCCUUUGUAUCCCAGAGGAGAGCGGUUUCAUUUUGAAUAUGGUGUCUACUUGCUCAACAAGAACAUUGCUCAGCUGAGAUAUCAACAUGGCUUGACCACCCCAGACCUGCAACAGACACUACCCAACUUGAAAAACUUCCUGGAACAUGGCCUGCUGGUCCGAUGUGACAGACACCAUGUCUCUAGCUCCAUCCCUGUGCCGACCAAGUCUCAGCUUGGUGUGUCUGCUGCCUCGGAUAUAGGCUACCCCUGCCACACCAGCUCCCCAGACCGAGGCCUGAGGAAGAGGGCGAGCUCGGAGGCCGAUAAGCCCAAAUACAAGCAAACUCCUCCACCCAGCUACAACACAGCCAUGGGUGAAGAGCAGUCCCCAGAUGGCCUAGCCACACCCUCGCCUUCGACCAAACACCUGUCCUCCUCCCUUGACGCCGGCAUGGCAUCACUUAACCUGGCCAAGACUAUGGAGGCCACCGAGGAGGGAGAGCAGAAGGAAGAGAAAGGGGAGAGUGGGGAGACGGGAGUGGAGGAGAGUCGCAGAAGCACUGACAGAGAGGCUGAAGUAGAAAAAGAAGAAGAGACUGAAGAGCAACCAGCCAGUAGCACAGUUGCACCCGACUCUUCUACAGUGCUGGACACUGGUGAGGAAACAGUGGCCACUAGUCAGCACACAGGUGCCAUGAACGGCUCUUUGGUACCAGAACAGGCACCUGUUAGCCUGGUCCCAGAGCUGCGCUGCUCUGUAGAGCAAGCUGAGGAGAUCAUGGGCACAGAGGCCACCGGUUUAGGCCUGGGGUUAGGAAUGGGGUUGGCGUUGGGACUAGCAGACGAGGCCCGGCUUGAAGACUACCGCUGCAUCCCCGUGGACCACGCUGUAGCUGUGGAGUGUGAUGAACAAGUGCUGGGCGAGCUGGACGUCGCUGGCUUUGAGGAGUUCUCCAGGCGCAUCUAUGCACUCAAUGAGAACAUGUCCAGUUUCCGUAGACCACGCAAGAGCUCUGAGAAGUGAGGCGGAGGACCUAAGGAGAGAGGGAGGCAUGAAAAGACUUGCACAGGGGGAUUGGACAAAUACAAGGCAGGGACAUGAACUGAGGGGACAAGGGUGGAGUCCCCCACUCCCUUACCGCAGCAUCAAAAAUCAUAGGAGCUAUUCUGGAAUAACGACCAAUUUGCACUUAUUGUCAACAUUUCCAUAAUAAUCUUUUAAAUGAAACAAGUUCAAAGUGAAGUAUGGGGACAGUAAGCUUUACUUUUAUGAUUGAUGCCAGCAUUAAUAUAUUUUUUAACAAUGGAUGGAACAAUGAACCAUUAUUCAGACAUUUUCAUUCACAAGAAUAUUCGGCCUCAGCGUUAACAAUCGCACUCUAUGAAUUAGUGUCCAUUAUUGUAGUCUGUUGUUCCAUAACAGGGGCCAUUCAUGUCAAAAGACACACAAACAAUGCAUAUCACUUACACUUUGUUUUCAGACCCUUACAGCAAUAAGAGCCCUUCUUGUACAAAACAUCAUUGUGUGUAAACUGCAUUUAAGAUUCACAGUGCAGCCUUAUUAGCCCAUAUUAAAAUGUUUCAAUGCAGCAGCUGCAUAUCCUUUUCCUUAUCACUGUACCUCAAGUUUCACCUUAACUAGAGGAGCUUUUUUGGGCAGUGUAUCAAUUAUAGAAUCAUUAAUAUAAACAUAAACAGAGAUUAAUAGUUGCAACUGGAAGUUUUAUCAUGUUGAAUCAUCACAGAGCCUGCUGUCCCAGUACUUACACCUUUGACUGUAUAAGCAAAGGUUUAGACGCUUUCCAAGCCUUCAUUCAGGGUGCAUGACAGUGGGUGUGUGCUGUAGGGAGGACAUGAUGUGUAUGUGUGUGUGUUACACAUAAGCAUGUACCCACAGUCACACAAUCACAGUUAGGUGUCCAGUAAUCCCACCAAUGACCUCUGACCUCUGAAAUGGCAGGAGUAUGCAACCAUAUAGCGAGGUGGGAGCUGGAACCGGUAGCCCAAUCAGAGACUCCCUAUCUGUGACACACGGCAUCUCCUCUCCUGCGACAGCUCAACCCACUCGCCAUUCUCAACGUCGAGUUUCUCCUUCAGGUCUUAAGACGAGGAUCACGAGAGUGGCUGGUUGGAGCUUACAGCACAUGGCAGGGAAAUGGUGCAAUUGUUUUUCUGUCCAUCUCCAUGUCCUCUUUUCUCUUUUAUUUUUUUAAUUUUAAUGUAUCUCAUCAAUAUUAACGUCAAUGUUAAUGUUAAGUCCACUGAUUCUCAUAUUCAGUAGACCAAAAAUUGAAUUCUGUGUCUGUGUUCAGUUGGAAUGUCUCACUCAGGCUCGACUGUAAGUGUUAAUAGUAAGUGUCUCGAUCCCAUUGUCUGUGAUUUUGUCCUGUGUCUCCAUGUUCUGAAUGCUUUCUUGCACUGGUAUUCAAUUAUUGCAUUAUUUAUGUCUCUCAACAAUUGUGUGUGCUUUGUUUCAAAGGAGAUCAAUAUCUAGUUUUAUUUUCCCCAUUCACAUGGGAUGUCGCUCAUUAUUAUUGUCAGAUGUUAGACUGAUAUCAUAACCAGUGUCUGGGUCCUGACGUAGACAGCUGCUUUGCAUCGCCCGCCGUGACAAAGAUGGACUCUCCACCAGCAGCCCACUUUGUGAUUCAGAUCCAGCACUGUGGUUGCUAGCUGUUGAGAAUUAUUGUAUUUAAAACUAAAAGAUGAACCAUGUUAGAUCAUUUCCAUAAACUGCUAUACAGUCCAGUAAUUGACCAUGUACAUAUACUUUUGUAUGGAGGGUUUUUUUGUUAUUAAAGACUUGCAGUCCAAUGGCAUGGAUGUAUGUAGCCCCCUUUAA